UCCCACACAACCCACUUAGUCGUCGCCCUCCCCGGUCCCAGCUCCUCCUCCCCCAUUGGUGCGCUGUACAGCUGCGCCGCCAUGGGCAACCCUAGCACUGCCCCCUCGGCGUUGCCGUCUGUUGCGGCACUGCCUCCAUUGCCGCCGCUUCCUACAUCGGGAGACAAUGCUUCGUCGCCCUCAAUAGCACUUGUGCCGAUGCCCAUGGUGCCCUGUGCUAGUCCUUCUCCACCUUUGAGGUCUCCUGCCAUGCCUAUGUGCUCAUCUUCAACCGCCGCUGCCGCCGUGGCCGCGGCCACAGCACAUCGAGAGGCAAUCAGGGAAGGAGAGAGGAGGAAGCCAUCACAGGUCACAUCGAGAGCCCCUGAUGUGAUCCACGAGAGGAUGAGGUGCCAGAUCAGGUCUUUUUAAAUGUUUCUUAAUGCAGAACCACAUGUGCACAUCAAUUUCGUGCAUUGCUGAUCCACCUAUCUUCCUCCGCUAUCAGCUCUAGGACCUGCAGAAGUUGGUGCAGUCAUGCCUGAACCAGGCUCAGCAAGCUCUUUUUUCAUUUUUGCCUAGUUUUCUACUUGCAGCUGUGAAUGACAUUUCUCCUUCACGUGGCACAAAGAACUAAGAAAAACUGGCUGUGAUUAAGUAGUUCAAGUUGUAUCGUUCUGAGAUGGUUGUUUGCAUUGGUAAAAACGCAGCUUAGCUUGAUAAAAGGUCCUUCGAGUGAUCUCAAUUCCUUUGAACGUAUCAACAUGUAUUCAGAUUAUAUUGAUUUUUGGGAGUCCAUCUGAGAUUUGGUUUUA